AUGAAUACUACAGUAAAUAGUAUAAGUUCAUCUCUUUUAAUUGCACCAUAUCUGUUGAAUAUAUUCUUUGGUUCAUUUCUUUGGGUUAUGGGUAAUUUAGGUUGUAUCGGUAAUAUGUUAGUAUUUCGUUCUCGAACAUUUCGAAAACGAGCUUAUGCAAUCUAUUUAUUUUCGACAGCAGUUGCUGAUUGUCAUUAUUUCAAUUUUGUUUUAUUAACACGUAUACUUCAAAAUGGGUUUAGAAUUCCACUGAUGAAUGAUUAUCUUGUUAUCUGUAAACUUCGUCAAUUCAGUACAUUUUGGGGUAAUAUAGUUUCAUUUACUUUAUUUUCAUUUGCUAUUACUAAUCGACUUUUAUCUGUACAACGAUCUAUUACAUAUCGACAAUGGAGUAAUCGUGUUUCUUUGUCAUACAAAAUGGUUAUCUUAAUUCCUUUGUUUUGGCUACUACUUAUUGGUCAUCGACUCAUUUUGUAUCGAGUAAAGAAUGGUGUAUGUGGUCCUCUCGAAGGUUUCUAUGAUUAUUAUGAUAAUUAUUUUCAAGUGUUAUUUUCUUCACUUUCCUCGACUGUUGUGAUGGUUAUAUUGACUUUUCUACUAAUAAAAAGUGUCCGAAUCGUUGCCAGUCAAAGAAUCGUACCUGUAAAUGGUAAACCGAUAAAAAUCAAGCCAAAAAGUUCAAUGAUCAAUCAAAUGGAUGCACAAUUAACUAAAAUGUUAGUAAUAGAAUCAAUAAUUGCUGUUAUUACAUAUCUUCCAUAUGCAAUUCAAUUAACAUAUUCGAAUAUAACACAAACAUCAUACAAAACACCGCUACAAAUUGCUUGGGAGAGCGUAUUCAUUGAACUGAUUCAUUUACUUAAUUAUGUAUUUUUUGGAACAAGUUUCUAUGUAUCGUUUAUUUCGAAUGUUGGAUUUCGACGAAAAAUUAAACAAUUAUUAAAAAUAAACAAGCAUACUCAAUCUACUAACCGUACAGUUACUCUUCUUCGUCGUCCUUUCACGAUUCAACUACAGAGUCAGCAUUAA